AUGGAUCUCUUGUAUGCUGUGUGGCGUGGUGAUAAUGGUGAGGUGAAGCGACUGCUGCGUGAUGGGAGAUAUCAUGUAAACAAAGAGACUGUGUGGGGAUUGACUCCUCUGCGCGUAGCAUUGCUGAGAGGUAAUGCAGAUAUGGUGAAACUACUCCUGGACAGCGGGGCUAAAGUUAAUGCCAAGGACUCGUGUGGCAGAACUCCUUUAUACUGUGCAGCAUUAAAUGGCCAUGAAGACAUCGUGAAACUUCUCUUGGAGCGUGGAACUGAUCCUAACAUCACCAAUAAGGAUGGUAGAACCCCAUUACAUGAGGCAAUGCGUCGGUGCCCUGGAGACAUCGUGAAGCUUCUCCUGGAGCAUGGAGCUGAUCCUAAUAUCACCGAUGAGGGGGACAGUAAACCAUUAUGUUGGGCAGUAGAGGAAGGCCAUGAUGACAUCGUGGAGCUUCUCCUGGAGCAUGGAGCUGAUCCUAAUAUCACCGAUGUGUGGGGCAGAACACCAUUAGGUUGGGCAGCAGAGGAAGGCCAUGAGGACAUCGUGAAGCUUCUCCUGGAGCAUGGGGCUGAUCCUAAUCUCACGUAUAAGUGGGGCACAACUGCAUUACAUGAGGCAGCAUAUAAAGGCCAUGAAGACACCGUGAAGCUUCUCCUGGAAGGUGGAGCUGAUCCUAAUAUCACGGAUAAGAAUGGCUCGACUCCUUUACAUGAGGCAGCGUAUAAAGGGCAUGAAGACAUCGUGAAGCUUCUCCUGGAGCAUGGAGCUGAUCCUAAUAUCACGAAUAAGUGUGGCAGAACUCCUUUACAUGGGGCAGCAUUGUACGGCCAUAAAGACUCCGUGAAGCAUCUCCUGGAGCAUGGAGCUGAUCCUCAUAUCACCAAUGAGGUUUGUGGACACAUAGAAAUAUUAUAUAGGCAAAAUACCCUGAACUUGGUUGGUAACAUACAUGAUGAUGAUGAUUGUACCAUACAGGCACAUUAUGAUUCCUUUCCCAAUCAUUGGAUAUUUGUUUGGAGAUACGUGUGUCCCUUGUAG